UGAUCCAACAUUUCACAAUCGUCAAUUAUUAGUUGCUUUGCAUAAUUUGAUGGAUGCAGGAUCUCAAACUCUGUCAUGUACUCUCUCUUGGUGCAUGAUUGCCUUGCUGAAGUAUCCGAAAUAUUACAAAAUAAUUCGAGAUGAAGUCGAUUCUGUCGUGGGUUGUGACAGAAAAGUUUCGUUAUCCGAUCGUAAAAACAUGCCGCAAACUUUAGCAUUUUAUCAUGAAUUGAUGCGUCGAUGUACCCUGGUCAAAAAUUCUCUAACCCAAACUCUUGAAGAUGGAGUGGUUGUCAAUGGAUACAGAUUACCAAAAAAUACUCCGAUCCAAUCAGUUACGUGGGCAGUUCAUAAUGAUCCGAAGUGUUUUCCUGAUCCAGACAAAUUUUACCCGGAAAGAUUUAUCAAUCCAGAGGAUGGAUCCUUCCAAAAAUCAAAAUAUUGGAUACCAUUCAGCAUAGGUAAACGUAAUUGUCUCGGAGAUCAAUUAGCACAAGUGGAGCUCUUCAUUUUGCUGGUUACGCUGAUUCAAAAUUUUGACAUCUCGGUGAAAGAUGGCACAAUGAUUCCUUCUUUGGAUGAUGGCAUAGAGGGCAUUGUCUUUAGCCCUUCACCACUGGACCUGAUAAUGACUGACAGAGAGUAA